AAACCAAACAUAGAACAUAAUAUGCAAGUAAUUACCCCAAUAUAUAAAAUGUUAAAGGUCGGUCCUUUCCCUCCUCAUAGCAAUUUCCCGAGGGCAAAAUGAAGGUGAAAACCGUCUGGACGCCUUAACCAAUUUCUGGGAGUCAUGGAUGACAGAUGGUAAUCGGUAUUGUGUAGGCCCAUAAAUAGGGAGAAGACGGUCCUGAAAGCCAUAAAUAAAGGGGGAAGGGUGAGGCGAAGAGAGAGCAGCAGUUACAGUUAAGCAGGGAGCAGGGCACUGAAUUUGAAUAUUGGUGUGUGACGAAAAGAAAUAAUCGAUGGGGGAAGCUUCCAGAGCGAGGAAGGCGCUGAUAACGGGGAUAACAGGCCAGGAUGGAUCUUACCUCACGGAGUUUCUCCUGAAAAAGGAUUAUGAAGUGCAUGGCAUAAUUCGGCGAUCUUCCAAUUUCAACACACAGAGACUGGAUCAUAUAUACAUUGACCCACACAACUCUAAAGCACGCAUGAAGUUGCACUAUGGAGAUUUGACAGAUGCAUCGUCGCUGCGGAAGUGGGUGGAUGAGAUCUGUCCGGACGAGGUGUAUAACCUGGCUGCCCAGUCCCAUGUAGGGGUGUCCUUCGAGAACCCCGAUUACACUGCACAUGUUGUGGCCACAGGGGCGCUGAGCCUGCUGGAGGCUGUGCGCAUCCAUGAGAAGACCACGGGGCGCAAGGUGAAGUAUUACCAGGCGGGUUCCUCUGAAAUGUAUGGAUCUACCCCUCCUCCCCAGAACGAGGAUACCCCUUUCCAUCCCAGAAGCCCUUAUGCUGCCUCCAAGGUGGCCGCCCACUGGUACACUGUUAACUACCGGGAAGCCUAUGGCCUCUUUGCCUGCAAUGGGAUCCUGUUCAAUCACGAGUCUCCUCGGCGAGGGGAGAAUUUUGUGACCCGGAAGAUCACUAGGGCUGUCGGGCGGAUCAAAAUUGGGCUGCAGAAGAAGCUCUUUUUGGGGAACCUCAAGGCUUCCAGGGACUGGGGCUUCUCUGGAGACUAUGUGGAGGCAAUGUGGCUUAUGCUGCAGCAAGAGAAGCCUGACGACUAUGUUGUUGCCACUGAUGACAGCCAUACUGUCGAGGAGUUUCUCGAGGAGGCCUUUGGGUAUGUGGGCUUAAACUGGAAGGAUUAUGUCAACAUAGAUCCCAGGUAUUUUCGCCCUGCAGAGGUUGAUAAUCUUAGAGGGGAUUCAAGCAAGACAAGGAAGCUUCUCAAAUGGACUCCCAAGGUCAGUUUCAAGCAAUUGGUAGCCAUGAUGGUGGACCAUGACUUGGACUUGGCCAAGAGGGAGAAGGUGCUUGUAGAUGCAGGGUACAUCGAUGCCCAACAACAGCCUUAAUGGAGUAAAAUUGCAUUGAUUCAUUUUCUCUUGCUCUGUUUUGUUGCGAUAUAUAUAUAUGUUUCAAUCAGCCGCAUUUACUUGUUUUCGGUUACUAGUCCAGUCCAACAUCGAGAUCACAACUGGAAACCACAGUUUUAUGAGUAUGUGCUACGGUCUAUUUGUUGAAUAACUUGAGUUGGUGUUAGCUUGAUGUAGAUCCGAAUCCAUGUUCAGAUCCAAUAAUAUUUUCUUUUCAAAUGUGAUGUUUACGUAACAUGCAGUAUUAUUAUUAUUAUUAUUUGAUCUGAAUCCAGGUUCAGAUCCACUAAUUAUUAUUUUGCAAAUGUGAUAUUAGUUUAUGCUAUUCUAUAUUUUUAUUUGUUAAA